AUGUCUUAUCGAGCGGGCACAUGCUGUUUGGAGCAAUGGACGCCGAAGAUUACACUCUCCCGUGUAUCUGACUUGCAUGGCUUUAUUAUUGCCGGAGGGAUCGCCGGAGUGAUGGUUGCGCAAGGAGUCCGGUUCCUAUACAAUGGAUACUGUAUUGUGGGCAUGAGUCGACUUGCUUCAAUUCUCAUCAUGAGCUAUGACACCUUUACCAACCUCUCAUUGACACUCCUAUUCAUUGCGCCGCUUUUUCGUUCGACCAUUCGUAAUACCAGGCUUCGGACUAUCGCAAAGAGGGCUGCAAUUGCAUCUUUUCUGGGACUGAUCAUUGAAAUGAUCAACGGAUUUAUAUUAUUUGCUUUGGAUGGCAAAGAAAUGAUUUGGGUAUGCCUUGGAGCUUGCACAGCAGAUAUCGUUGCCAAUGCCGUACUGUUGUAUUGGGCCAUGGAUUCCCCAAGUUCUUCGUCCAAAAAUAGGUCCCACUCGAUCCACUUUUCAUCUAUACAGCGUACAAAUCCUGCUGAAAUUAUUGUAAAUCAAACAGUAGGUAGUAUUGUGGAUACGGAGGCUAGACAGAAGAACCCCGCUCGACUCGGUGCACUGAGGGAUUGUGCUGUGCAUAUGAGCAUACCAGAAGACCCCUUUUCUGACGAUAGCACCAUCGCGUCUUCGGAAUGUGUUCCAACUUUGGGGCGCCCCAAGCCUGUUUUGGUGAUUUCUAAAUACUUUCAUCCUGGCCAAAAUAUUCAGAUGGAAGGAUCUACCAGGUGUCUUGCUUCCAAUAGUCAUUACUAA